GUCUUUGAUUAUUUACCGUGUUGAUUGGUCCUGUUAAUUUUUCAUGAUGUCUGAUUACCAGUCGAUGGAUAAGUUGGUGAAAAAAAAAGUUAUUCUUGCAGGUAAAUUUUCCAACAAGCCAACUGAGUUGUCCACUUGCCACAUACAUGUUCAAAAUCCUCAGUGUUCAAACAUGACUGUACAGCAAAUUAAAGCUGAAUUGCGUAGUGAAAUUGUUGAUGAGGAUGCACAUAAAAGUAUCACGAUUGGAAAUGCAUGUUCAAUCAUUGACAGGCUAAUCGAGAGGGCCAUUCAAAGAAUGUCUCUCAAAGAACAAAGUUUGGUCACAUUAAUGGUUCCAUUAAGUAGUGAAAAAAAAGAGACUAUUGUGAUCUCUGUACAGAUAACUCUGGAAAAGGCAGAAAUCUACAAACCAAUCUGGGAGUGGAGCCCACAAGAGAAACAUGACACUGCCUUCAAGUGCAAAGAAAAGGGAGUGGAACUCUUUAAAGCCAAUUUGCACGUCGAUGCAUUUUACAAGUUCAGUCAGGCAUGUAAGAUCCUUAUCACAUUAGAACCUAUUGAAGAAGAGGGGCUGAUAAUGAAAAAUAUCACGGAACUCAAAUACAUUUUGUACAACAACAUGGCAGAGUGUCAGUUGAUCCGGAAAAACUAUGAACAUGUACUUACGCUGUGUAAUAAAGUAUUAAAUAAGGACACAAACAAUGUAAAAGCCAUUUACAGGAGAGGGGUAGCUUAUGCAGGGCUGAAAAACUUUGAGCAAGCAUCUAAUGAUCUGAAAAUGGUAAUCACUCUUGAGCCUAAGAAUAAACUUGCGCUUGAAAAGUAUAACAUUUAUAGUGAAAAAUGGCGUGUUUCUGUACAGGGAUACGAGAGCAUAGUGCGUAAGAUGUUUAAAGUAACAUGA